AUGAACUCUUUAGUGUCUCUUGACCUUUCCUAUAAUGACCUAAAUGGAACAGUGAGUGACAUCUAUUUUGAUAAUCUCACCAAGUUACAAUACUUGGACUUAUCUGAUAAUUUCUUGACCCUCAAAUUCAGCACCGAUUGGAUUCCUCCAUUUCAAUUACAGUGGUUACGGUUAUUUCACUGUAAGUUGGGCCCUGGAUUCCCUAGAUGGCUUCGGACUCAAAAUAAUUUACGAUCUUUAUAUGUUUCUCAUGCUGAAAUCAAUGAUUCUGUACCAAAGUGGUUUUGGAGACUUGUAAAGGGAGCAAAUACUCUUAAAAUAGAAUCGAACAAUCUCACAGGUGUAAUUCCGGAUCUGACACUUGAAUUGAAUGUUCCUGACAUAUCAUUGGCUUCCAAUCAAAUUAAAGGCUCUGUUCCAGAGUUCCUACUAAAGAGCAUAAUUUUAGACAUUUCAGAAAAUCUAAUUUCAAAAUUUGUUCAUUCAUGUGCCAAGGGAAGGAGUGCAAUUGUUGAAAAUUUGGCAUUUUUAAAUCUCUCAAGCAACAACUUAUCAGGGGCACUUCUUGGUUGUUGGGAUCAUCUCAAAUCAUUACAGAUUCUUGACUUAUCCAAUAAUCAACUCUCAGGAAGGAUUCCUAACUUUAUAGGGUCCUUAAGUCAACUAAAGCAGUUAGUUCUACGAAACAAUUGCUUCAGCGGUGGACUGCCUUCCUUCGAAAAUGCAACUAAACUGGGAAUGUUAGAUUUGGAAAAAAAUGACUUGUCAGGACCAAUACCACCUUCAUGGACAAGAGACAAUCUCAAAGAGUUGGAAACUGUUAGCCUACGAAUGAAUAAAUUAGAUGGAAAGUUGCCCUUGCAUUUAUGUUAUUUACCGAAGGCCAGGGUUUUAGAUCUCUCUUUUAACAAGUUUACUAGACCAAUACCUAGUUGUCUCGACAAGCUGGUUGCAAUGGCUCAGAAAUAUGUUCCAAAUGUUUACGACGAUGUUAUCAGCGUCUCUGAGAACGGAACAGUUCAAGUAGAUAGAAUAUUUUAUUGGAAGUUGCCUAUGGUGUGGAAAGGAAGAGAAUUGGUUUACAAUGACCACUAUGGGCUUAUGAACAUUGAUCUCUCUCACAAUCAAUUGGAGGGGGAAAUGCCAACAGGAAUUGUCAAAUUGGUUGAGUUAAGAUUCCUGAAUCUAUCGUCAAAUAGGCUGAGUGGAAAAAUCAUUUUAGAGAUAGGACAACUAAAAUCUCUAGAAGUUCUGGAUCUAUCGAGAAAUCACUUUGAUGGAGAAAUUCCUUCAACUCUUGCUGAAAUAUCUUCACUCAGUGUUUUGGAUUUAUCAAACAACAACUUGUCAGGAAAAAUUCCAACAGGAACACAAUUGCAAUCUUUUGAGCCCUACUGCUAUGAAGGAAAUCCUUACCUCUGUGGGAGGCCAUUGGACAAGCUGUGUCCUUCUGAAGAACAUCCAUUAGGGAAUGUGACACAAGCCAACCAAGAUGUUGAUGAAAACGAUUCUUUCAUGAAAGGAUUCUACGAAAGCUUGGGCGUGGGAUUUGCUAUUGGAUUUUGGAUAGUGUUUGGAUCACUGUUAGCUACUCGAUCAUGGAGGCAUGCCUACUUCAAUUUCAUAGCGAAGGUGUCAGACUCUAUCUAUGUGUCAACAUUGCUUCUGGUGGCAAGAUGGCUCAGGUGGCUCCGCAAUUAA